CAGCCAUCCCCGCUGAUGAUCGCCGCCCUUGCGGUGUCCCUGCGGCAUCACCCUUCCUGCUUUGGGGCGAAAAUCGAUAGAAUACCUUGUCACCCGCCCCUCACCGACGAAUAUAUAUCCUCGAUAGAGCUCACUGCUAUUACUUCUAGUCCCCAGAUACACGACGAUCUCCCAGCGCUUCAUCGACGCGACCUCUUCAGCCACCCAUCGUCUCACCUAUCGUCGGUCGCUACCACAUCGCACCCUGGCACUCAAUCAACAUGCUUACCUCCACAAUUACCAUCCUUACCACGCUUACCGCGCUCGCCGCCGCUCUGCCCUCCCCGAACCUCGCAGCACGAGCAGGCGGUCCCGCGAUAGUACCCAUCCCGUCGACCUGCACCGUCACGAACCCUCUGCCGACCGGCAGCGCCUUCCUUCCCACCGACUCCGCCAAAAAUUCGCUCCUCUACAAUGCGUACUACCCUGCUUUUUCAUCGAAUAAGACCGAAAUGGCGGAGCAGUGUCUCCAACAAUGCUAUGGGUAUGGCAAUCACACCGAAUGCAAGGCUGCUUUCUGGGCGCAGAAUGUCAAAACGCCUGCGGGGUAUUAUGGUACGCCGGGCGGAGAUCCCAUGACGGCGUGCAUAAUGUUUGAUCGCGCGGUUACGCCGGAAGAUUUCGUGGCCGCGCCGGAGGGCGAGGGCACCGAUGCGUAUACCAGGAAUCUCGCCUGCUAAGAUGGAACGAAGUCAUCGCACGGCGCAAAGCGGCGGUAAUAGGAAGAGGUCGGCCAAACAUGGAAGACGCUUCAAAAUGUUGCUUGCGCGAACGUUUUUCGGGAUCGAAGGACGGGUAUAACAUGGUCUGGGGACGGUUGGAGGGUUUAUUUUCACGACUGCAUGGCAACGGCGUUUCGACCCAGGUAACAUCUAGAUUAAGCGUUAGCCUCUAUCCAAUAUUUAUUCUUCCCAGUCUGUUUCCACAUCUUUCCUCGUAUCAAUAUCUACCUUAUUCUCGGUUUGCUGCAUUUUCUUCAAUUGGCUAGAGCUCCCGCACCCCUAGGAUCCCCGA